AUGGACAGCCGCAUCGGCUCUGGGAACACCAGCGACUGUUCUGACCCCUUGGCUCCAGGGAGUUGCUCCCCAUCACCUACCUCCUGGCUCAACUUGUCCCAUGUAGAUGGCAACCAGUCGGACCCAUGUGGUCUGAACCGCACCGGGCUUGGCGGGAGCGACAGCCUGUGUUCUUCGCCCGGCAGUCCUUCCAUGGUCACAGCCAUAACCAUCAUGGCCCUCUACUCUAUCGUGUGCGUAGUGGGCCUCUUUGGAAACUUCCUGGUCAUGUAUGUGAUUGUCAGAUACACCAAGAUGAAGACCGCCACCAACAUCUACAUCUUCAACCUUGCUCUGGCGGAUGCCUUGGCAACCAGCACACUGCCCUUUCAGAGUGUCAACUACCUGAUGGGAACGUGGCCCUUCGGAACCAUCCUCUGCAAGAUCGUCAUCUCGAUAGAUUACUACAACAUGUUCACCAGCAUAUUCACCCUCUGCACCAUGAGCGUGGACCGCUACAUUGCUGUCUGCCACCCGGUCAAGGCCCUGGAUUUCCGUACCCCCCGAAAUGCCAAAAUUGUCAAUGUCUGCAACUGGCUCCUCUCUUCUGCCAUUGGUCUGCCUGUUAUGUUCAUGGCAACCACAAAAUACAGGCAGGGGUCCAUAGAUUGCACCCUCACGUUCUCGCAUCCCACCUGGUACUGGGAGAACCUGCUCAAAAUCUGCGUCUUCAUCUUCGCCUUCAUCAUGCCGGUCCUCAUCAUCACCGUGUGUUACGGACUGAUGAUCUUACGUCUCAAGAGCGUGCGCAUGCUGUCGGGCUCCAAGGAAAAGGACAGGAACCUGCGCAGGAUCACCAGGAUGGUGCUGGUGGUCGUGGCUGUGUUUAUCGUCUGCUGGACCCCCAUCCACAUCUACGUCAUCAUCAAAGCCCUGAUCACGAUUCCAGAGACCACCUUCCAGACAGUUUCCUGGCACUUCUGCAUCGCCCUGGGUUACACAAACAGCUGCCUGAACCCUGUUCUUUAUGCGUUCCUGGAUGAAAACUUCAAGCGCUGCUUUAGAGAAUUCUGCAUCCCAACCUCCUCAACGAUCGAACAGCAGAACUCCACUCGUGUCCGUCAGAACACUAGAGACCACCCCUCCACAGCUAACACAGUGGAUCGAACUAACCAUCAGGUAUGUGCUUUCUAG